AUAAAAUGCAAAGAAUCUCAUUAAUAGUUUUUAGCAAACGAUCGUCUUCAUUGUUGUUUUCGGCAAUUUUGACCAAUCAUUGGUAUCAACGACAACAGCGGCUAAUCAGUCAACCGUCAGAGUGGUGUCAAACAUUGAUACCGUAUUCAAAUGCUUUCGUUAGAAACGCUCAGUUAGCUAAUAAUGAUGACAAAGACUGGGUCGACACUGUCUACCAUAAAUGCAUUGAAUCUAUAGUAAAAGUUUUUAAAGAUGAUCGCAAUUUUCAGAAGACUGAAGAUAAUGAUGACCACGACGACGAUAGUGAAGGCAGUGGUGAUGGCAGUGGUGGCAGUGGGUCUGACUAUGACAGUGAUGAUGAAAGUGACAACAAUAGUGGCAGUGAUACUGAAAGUAUAGAUUCUGAUGACGACAAAGAAAAUCCUGAGUUCGGUACCGGUUGGAUAGUGGACGCCGAUGCGGGUCUUAUUUUGACCAACUAUCACGUCGUACAGGACGCACAUUUCGCUAGAGUUCGGCUCCAGUCACAUAUGUUGGGCAAACCGUUGGCCAAACAACCUGUUAACGACAAUACAGUAGAAAAUUAUUGGUGGACUCAAGUAGUUUAUGUCGAACCACAUCUAGAUCUGGCAUUACUUCGAUUGCCGUCAAUCAAUGACCGUCGACUACCGAACCUCGAGAUUGCCAAUAGAGAUGCCGAACGCGGCUCGCAAGUCAUGUGCAUUGGUUUUGCCAAUUUAGACAAUUCAGUGUCGGUCGGUCUCAUAGACUAUAUUAGCCGUUAUAAUCUAUGGUCUAUCGGUAAUCUAUACUAUAAGGACAUGCAAUGGCCAGAAAAACAAUUAUAUACGAUUGUGACCACUACUGGUUCCACUAAAGGUUUUUCCGGCGGACCAGUGCUCAACACUACAGGCCAAGUGAUUGGUGUAGAAUUUGAUGGCUUAUACAAGAAGUGUAUAUUAACCCGAAGACAGGAUCUAUUAGCAUUUGUGGAAAGGGCUAAAAACAAUGGACACAACAUUUUGAAUCAAUUAGUCAAACAAAGAGAACAGUUAUAUUCGGAUAAACCAUUUAUCGGUGUUUGCGUUCAAUACAAUAGAUCACUUCAAACGUAUAAAAUCGUCAAAUAUAUGCCAUACGUCACUGAUGAGGUCAGAAAAUCUUUAGCUAUUGACGAUCAAAUAGCAGUCAUUAAUGGACAGGCAGUCGACAAACAACCAGAAAAUCUAAUAGAUUUCAUUAGUGGACAGUCGGUUAAGUUGGAGAUAAGGAAUGAUCGUAAAAGUGAAACCAAAACCAUUGAAACACAAAAUAUGAUAAAUUGCUGUUUUUUCUAA